AUGACAAAAACAUUAUAUACAAACGGUCGUUUCUUUGAUGGUCAUUCGGGGUUCGGCCAUAUGGACAAUACCUCUCUCGCAACGAGGGAUCUGAGAGGCAAGCUGGUCUUGCCCGCAUUCGUUGAUGCACACUGUCAUUUGAUGAUGCUAGGAGAAUCAUUGGAAAAGGUAGACGUAUUCCAAUGCAAAAGUAUGAAUGAGGUAAUCACAUGCUUACAGCGAUAUCAAGAAGACAAUCCUACAAAACAGCGUAUCCUUGCUCGAAAUUGGAUGCAAAACAUGGAUGAAAGCGAAAUGUUUGACAGGAAGUACAUCGAUGAAAGGAUAACAAAACCAGUCUAUAUAAUGUCGUUCGAUUUGCAUUCUUGUUUAUGCAAUUCAGCUGCUUUGAAGGAAAUUGGAAUCGACGAAUCUACUCCCGAUCCAAGCGGAGGUGAAUUGGUACGUACGGUGGAGAACGGAAAGCAACGAUUAACAGGAUGGCUGAAAGAGAUGGCUUGUAUAAACUUUGUCGCUCCUACAAUACGAGAUCUAACGUCACAAGCUGAAAAGGAGGCCCAUCUGGACAAAGCAUUUGAUACUUUACUCGCUGCAGGCUAUACGGCCGUAGGAGAUUUAUUGAUGGAAGAAGAAGUCUUUGCAAUGUUGGCUUCUCGUGUGAAAAGAGAUGGUCGUUUACCCAUUCACGUCUCAGCUUACUGGCAUUGUUCGCCCGAAGAUGAUAUUGAAAAAUCAAUCAAACACAUCAUUCGUGCAAAAGAAUUACAGCAAGAAUGGCAAAAUAAUGAAUGGUUACAAGUCAAAGGUAUUAAGCUCGUGGUGGACGGAGUGAUUGAUUCGUGUACUGCAACUCUCUCGCUACCUUAUCAAAAUGGAAGCAAUGCUGAACCACUUUGGCCAUUCGAAAAGCUACAGAGAGCGAUUAAAGAAGCCGAUAAACGAGACUUGCAGUGUGCCAUUCAUGCGAUAGGUGAUGAAGCUGUUCAUAUUACCGUAAAAGCACUAUCAAGCUUAGGUCGUGAAAGGAUCAUGAAGAAUAGGCAUAGAAUCGAACAUUUGGAGCUGACACAUGAAGCAGACGUUGAACAGAUAGGUGUAUUGAACAUCACAGCCUCCAUUCAACCCGUUCAUUCUGAUCCAGAAAUUACGCAAAAUUGGUUCAAGCAAUUAGGUGGCAAUCAAUCAGCCACCGAGGAUCAAAGCCCAGAUCGUCGUUGCUGUCGUGCGUUUGCGUAUAAUGAUUUCUUACAAAAAGGUGCUCCAAUCGCAAUAGGAACAGAUGCACCAACUGCACCUUUUUGGCCUUUACCAAAUUUGUACAACGCUCAUUCACGUUGUUCAGCUUUAAAUCCUUCUUUGGAUUUACGUACGACUCCGCAAUAUGCUUUACCUUUGUUGGAUUCAGUUUUGGCCGCUUCGAAUGGUGCUGCAAAAGCUUGUCAUCUUGAUCACAUUUUGGGUGAUUUCGCAAAAGGAAAAUUGGCGGAUUUUAACAUUUUGGAUAUCGACUUUUUCGCAGAAGUGGAUAAAGAAAGCAACAACAAAAAAGCAAUCUUACGUGCUAAAGUUGUCAAUACUUUCCAAGCCGGGAUUGAGGUUGCAAAGGAUGGAAAAUUGUUGCAUAAAUAG